AUGAGAGAUUUCAAGAGGUUACAACAGGACCCGCCUGCAGGUAUCAGUAGCGCACCCCAAGAAAAUAAUAUUAUGCUUUGGAAUGCGGUCAUAUUCGGCCCUGAUGACACACCUUGGGAUGGAGGUACGUUCAAGUUAACACUUCAAUUCAGUGAAGAUUAUCCCAACAAGCCACCAACAGUCAGAUUUGUCUCUCGGAUGUUCCAUCCAAACAUUUAUACGGAUGGAAGUAUAUGUCUUGACAUCCUUCAGAAUCAGUGGAGUCCAAUAUAUGAUGUUGCGGCUAUACUCACAUCUAUCCAGUCAUUAUUAUGUGAUCCGAACCCAGAUUCUCCUGCAAAUUCUGAAGCUGCUCGGUUGUUCAGUGAGAAUAAGCGAGAGUACAAUCGAAAAGUACGGGAGAUUGUGGAGCAAAGCUGGACUGCAGAUUGA